AUGGCUAGCGAACAGUCCCACGAGGCUGAAAGGUUCUUCCCACGAGCGGGACUUGCACAAGAUGGAUGGUCUACUAAAGAGGAAGCAACAGCGACAUGCUACUGCGGUGCGGUUCAGGUCGUCUUACCUGUAACCAAACCAGGAUUCAUUUUUUCCUUUAUCUGUCACUGCAGUGACUGUCGCAAGAUCACAGCAUCCAUGUUCACGACUGGCAUAGUUGUUCUCGAUACACACCUGAAGCACUUACGUGGCGAAGCGAACCUUAAACAGUUCAGCCAGUCGGACACGAUUGAGAGAGAUGGAAGCGCGAUGACCAAUUUCUUCUGCCGUACAUGCGGGUCGUUGAUGUACAGAAGGUCUUCGGCUUACACAGGGGUCAGUGUACUUAGAGGAGGCACAGUUGAUGAUUUCAAGGUUGUGGAGACAGUGCUAAAGCCGGAUAUUGAGCAGUACUUGAAGCAUAGAGUGAGCUGGUUAAAGGGCGUGGAGGGUUUAAGGCAAAGCCAAGGACAGUUUUUAAUAUAA